AUGGGCAGCUACCGCGGCCAGUGGCUGGGCGACCGGCGGCACGGCUGGGGCGUGCUGGUGGGGCCCCGCGGGGCCCGGCACGAGGGCUUCUUCUCGGAGGGCAGGCCCCACGGCCACGGCACCCUCACCGGGGCCGACGGCGCGGUGUACGCCGGGCAGUGGUGCCGCGGCCAGCGGCACGGCGCGGGCAAGCAGGUCGACCCGGACGGCAGCUGGUACGACGGGGAGUGGCGGCAGGACAAGCGGUCCGGCGCGGGUGCCCAGUACGGCGCCGACGGGUCGCGGUACGAGGGCGGCUUCGAGGGGGACCUCCGGCACGGCGCCGGAAGGCUCACGGAGCCCCUGGCGAGCGGGAGGUGUGCCAGCCAGCCCCAGGGCGCGCAGGUCGACUGCGACGGCGCCGGCUCGCUGCCGUGCGGGCGCGUCUUCGAGGGCCAGUGGCGGGAGGGCAGGACGGGGGCGAUGGCUCGAUGGAGCUGCCAGACGGCUCCAGGUUCGCGGGGAGGUUCGAGGGGGGCGUCAGGAACGGCCCCGGGACGUUCACGUGGCCAGACGGGCGGAUGUACAGGGGCAGCUGGGCCAUGGGCCACCUGCACGGCGACGGCGUCAUAG